AUGUUUAACAUGAAUUUGAAUCAUCCAGAUAGAACCCUCAUAAACAUUUUAAAGAACUGCCCCGUUUAUUGCAUCAGGUAUAAAAGCUUAGUUUACAUCUACAAUUUCGAAGCAAAGCUUGCAAUCCUAGUUGAUGUGUUUUUUGGGUUGAUGCCAUUAUAUUUUAUUAGAUAAUGUUAAUAAUAAUGCUCAUCCUCUUAUUUUACUAAUAGAAUUUGUAAAGCUUAUUUUGAAGCAUAAAUUUUAAACUCUCCAAAUAUUCUUUUAAGGUCUUCUUCCAUGCAUCAAAUGUAGGAUGACUAUAAGUAAUUGUCGAGCUUUUCAAAUGGAGAAAUCUUUAAAACUUAUUUUAAAUUACACUUUCAAGUUAUGUAUUAAAAAGGAUUUCAUGAAGUUUUUGAGGCGUCAGAACAUCUCAAGUCUAUGUUUGUCUAGCUAUUUCAAUAAGCAAGCUAUGCUCCUUAAUAUAAUCCAGAGAAACAGAAAGAUAUUCAUCAUAUUCAGGAUCAGCUCAUCCUUUUGCAUGUUAAUCUUAAGAGUCUUUAAAUCUAAGCAUAAGCACAUAAUGUAUUUUUUUUGAUAAAAUUUCCAGUACAGUUUUAGAAAAUGAGCCUUAAUCAUUAUAUGUGCAUCAUAUUAGGCAGCUAUCAUAAAUUCCUCCUACAGUUUCUGUCAGCAUCAUAUUUUUCAAAGUAGUAGUUUAUCCAUCUACAAAUACAUAUAGAGUGCAUUAUCUUUCAUAUGCUGGAUAUAAUAAUUAAUUUGAGAACUGAGAGUUUUGAUUUCUACAAUGAAAACUAGAAGAUGCAGAAUAUUAAAGUCCAUUAAUUUCAAGAGCUUCAUAUAUGCAUCACGAGUAAUCGUUGCUAGAAUUACAUGAUCAACGCUUAUCAGAAUAUUUAGUAGAAUUUUUCAAGAUAAAAGAAACAGUUACUAUUGUCAACAUCAUAGCCAUCAAGACCAUUUGAAACAAAAGCCCUAUUUUAAAUCUUCAUUGUAAAUGUGAUACAAGACCUAAAUUUUCUGCUUGUAAAAAUUAACUGUUCAGUAAAGACCAGAUAUCAAAUAUCUAGGAAUACAGCCUAAAUAUUAUUGCACAAUUUGUAGCUAAACAAUUACAUUUUACCACAAAGACAAUUCUAUUGCUUUUAAUCUAAUUUCAGCAGGAAAAAUAACUAACAACAAAAUUAUACAUAGAGAUAAAAAGUCAUGAAUAUUAUGAUCAUUGCAGCUAGUAGGUUAUCUUUAUAAUUCUGUAGGACAAUAUCAAUAAAUGCAACUUAAAUUGAAUACAAUCUAAACACAUGUAACCAAAUAGUUGCAACAAGCUAUAAAUGGUUUGCUGCUGUCAAAACUUUAGUCAUCCUAAACUGGAAAUAUAAAAGAAUUUGGACAUAAUUAUUCACUCAUGACAAAUGA